AUGGGCCGACACCACCGUUCAUCUAGCCCUAAGCAGCUUUCAACAUGGAAUUCCCAACGCUCUCCGACACCAGCCUGGCUACUCACUGUCCGGAGACAGCUCCGAAACCUUCCAAUAUCACUUAUCGAUGAUACAGAACUUGCCAAGCUACAUGUUACUCUCCAAGAAGAAGAUGAGCUUUCGAUUUGUCCCACGCUUGGCACUUUGAAGAAGAUCGAAUCAUUCUGCACAACAGACGCCUACAAAGGUCACUCAGGGGUUCUACCCCGUCACCUACGAACUCGUUUAAACUGGGAGAAGCAGUGUGCGGCACAAACCGACGCAGUUCUCACCGAGUUAGUAGUGGAGCUAGGAGACCGCCAUUCGGUGAAUCGGACGGACUUUUACAGACACGAGCACACGCUACGCAUUACCGGCGAUCCAUAUACGAAGGGCGUCAAAUCAAACUUGACCAUACGUGACUUUCAAGGCGGCAACUCGAUUUCAAUCAUCGUACGAAACAGGCGACCUCACCAGUGGCAGCUCAGUGCGACAGAAGUUUACACUCUACUAACGCUAGCUGAUGAACAGCGGAAGGCUCGACCGGAUUCUGAUGUCUAUAAGGUUCACAUUAUUGUAAUACAAAACUACUGGGCCUAUCGACUCUCUGCAGAUAUACCUUCUUCGUAUAUCACUUCGAUCAUUGCUAGCCAUGUCGAGAUUAAUGGGCACAUUGCUAUACGUCGAACGCCAUAUUUCAACGUUUUCGAGGAAUUUGGGCUACAAGCAAUAUUGAGGGCAUUCUUUGAAGACUUUCCUUUAAGUACAUUGAGUACGGUGCCGCCUCUCCCGCCUGUCCAUUUCCCUCCCCCGGUGGGACGCAAGUAUAACAAAGUGCUAGAGGCUUCGUCAAUAAAGCAGUCGAAACGACGCCACAGGAGUAAACACAAGCAGCAUGUGAGGGAAAGGAAAAAGUAA